CGCGUGUCUUAAUAUACUUUCAGCCAAAUUCGGUAAAUUAAGCAAAUGCGACGUCUGAAACGGUCCGACAUCAAAGUUGAGGCGGAACCGUUGACGCGCACAGAAGGAUGCGGAGGGAUUAACGGGAAACACAGGAAACAGACGUUGCGUUUGGGGAGGGAAUGAAUAUCAAGUUUCCUCACAGAAAUCUCGUAUUAUUAUGAUUAUCGUACAAUAAAGUGAAUAUAUAAUAAUACUGCUGAUCCCGCCUCACUUCUUUUGAUAAAGACCAGGCAACAAAGAUGCUGAUUAAAGUGAAGACACUCACAGGCAAGGAGAUUGAGAUUGACAUAGAGCCCACAGACAAGGUGGAGCGGAUUAAAGAAAGGGUGGAGGAGAAAGAAGGGAUCCCUCCGCAACAGCAGAGGUUGAUCUACAGUGGGAAACAAAUGAACGAUGAGAAAACAGCAGCAGACUAUAAAAUCCAGGGAGGCUCUGUUCUCCAUCUGGUGCUCGCCCUGCGAGGAGGAGGAGGAGGAGGAGGAGGAGGAGAAGAAGGACAGGCGCUCUACUCAAGAACUGCUUGAAAUCAUGCCCGUGGCUUUGUGCGGCGCCUACACGAAGGGGAUACACCGAAGAAGACGCACAGCAAUGUCCUGUGCAGUCACCUGGCGGCAUCAGAGCCGUUUGUAGAAAGAGUUAGAUCAAGUUCUACUUGUGUUGGCUGCAAACGCUCCCCUCCCCUCCCGUGCAGAAAGGGUAAAGUUACUUUCAGAAUUAAACAAAUCUUUUGCCAAAUAUUUACAACUAAGAGCUAAUUUGGCUGCCACAGUAAAACAAACUAUAUUGUCCCCUGUUCAAGUCAUUCUCUGUUUCUUUCUGUGGCUCUGCUUGUGAGCAUCUAUCUUUAUUCAACUCAUGAUAGAACAGAGACAAAUGUAGCUUAAAGACACUUCAGUCUUUGCAUUCAGAGUGUGACACAAACUAACUACUUGUUCUCCAUGUUUUAUUCAGUGUUCUGCGAGCUGCCCCAAGUCACUAGAUAUUACCAUCUGAGGACACAGGGUGUGUCUGCACAGUCAAAGCGAUUUCUUUUCAUGAAGCACUCACGCAUCUUCGCUAGAUCUGCGAGAGAUGGAAAAGUUUGACAUUUAAGAAAUACACAAGUUGGAAAUGUCAAACUAUUCCCAUGAAUAUUCUAUAAGUGAAGGACAUGUUUGUGUCUCCCAGCACUGAUUCUUAAAUCAUGUAGCGGCAAGAGUUUGCUUUACACCUGUUUCCUAAAUAUAGUUUCAUUUGAAUUGAAUUCAUAAAAAGCCAUUUUUAUUUCUUUUCACAUUUUACUGUUACAAAAAGACAAGGAAGGUGCCAACAAUGGUCUUGUCUGACAAUGGCCUUAGUUUACAUAGGUUUGUUUGUGUGUUCACAGAAGCAACGUUAGUUUUGGGAUUGCUGUGUCAGCACUAUAUGCCCCCACCCCCACCCUCACACACACACACACACACACACACCAGUGUGUACAGAGUGAUGUGAAAUGGAUCAAUGCUGUGGAUUAGUUUGUCUGUAGAAUAAAUUUAUGUUGCUUAAAAUGCCUCGA